UACUUAGAUCGGGGACUUUGCGGUGGAAAUAUGGAUUUUCCGGCCAAAAAUCGGAUUAAAGGGUAGCUUGCAACGGAGGAUCGGGUUUAUGGAGCGGAUUAUCAGGUUUAUUCAGCGGAGAAUUCGGGCAGGCAGCGGAGAAUAGGGGUGGCGCAUCGCGCACAGCGGAUGAUUGGGGCUGAUUCAGGUCACCUGCCAGACGCCUGCCUUUUCCAUGUGCUGAAGCUGCAGGCUGCAGCUCAGUUGCUUUCUGCACACACGGAGGAGAGAUGACACGGACGAAGGAGAAGAGCUUCUGCCCUGUAUGCAUGCACAAUUCGGGGAAACUGCUUCUGCACCUGCAGCUUCGACACAACGUGACAAACCGCACAGAGCGGCGGCUGCUACUGGCUUUGGCGUGUGGAAGGGUGAGUGUAAAAGGCAUGGUUUGUCCGGUGAAACGCUGCAACUACUCGGGAAACAGAGUGGACAGGCACUUGAAGGAGGUCCAUGCCGACCUGCAAGACUGGAAGGAGCACCUGAGACGGCUUCAGCGUAGCAGGACGCUCCAGUUAAUGGCCGAACUGCGGAGGUCCGAACCACAGCCGCCGCUCGCAACCACUCUGGACCUGGACCACGCACAGCCCGCGAGCGUGGAGACAUCCAGCCCCCAGCCAAGCCCGGACGCACAGCAGCUCGCGAGCGUGGAGACAUCCAGCCCCCAGCCAAGCCCGGACGCACAGCAGCUCGCGAGCGUGGAGACAUCCAGCCCCCAGCCAAGCCCGGACGCACAGCAGCUCGCGAGCGUGGAGACAUCCAGCCCCCAGCCAAGCCCGGACGCACAGCAGCUCGCGAGCGUGGAGACAUCCAGCCCCCAGCCAAGCCCGGACGCACAGCAGCUCGCGAGCGUGGAGACAUCCAGCCCGCAGCCAAGCCCGGACGCACAGCCCGCGAGCGUGGAGGGACCAGGCAGCCCCAUUUUGCAGAGCAGCUGCAGCGAGGGGGAGGAGGAAGGAGAGGCCCAUGCUGCUGCUGCUGCUGCACGUCCCUGCACGGUGGGUAAAAGAGGCUCUUUUAACCCACCACCAUCAAUUUUUCCCCCAUGCGUCUGCAGCUACCUGGAAGAGUUUCAUGUGCACCUGGUCGGUGCCCUGCCAAGAGCCAAGCACUUGGAGAACUGCGGCUCCAAGAUGAAGCGGCUCAGGGCGUUCUUGAGCCACCUCAGCGAGGGCAAGUCCGAGCUGCGCACCUGGCAGUUUGUGGAUGAUGUGCGGAGGGUCAUGGCCUGGCCGGCGUACCUGCAAGGGCAGGGCAAAGCCGUGACAACCAUCAAGGUGUACUUGGUGAACGUGACCCAGUUCCUGGCCUACUUUGCUGAAACGCCGCCGCCGGACAGCACGCUUUCCAGGGCGCAGAUCGUGCGCGCGACCAGGGCGGUGAAGGCUGCCUCAUCGCAGAUUGCAACUGGCAUUGUGCUGCGCCAGAUCCGCGUCAAAGCAGCCAAGGAGCAGCGGAUGGUGACAGCGGAUCUUCUUCGCAGGUGUAGGACCGGGGCUGCGCUGCAAAUCCCAAGGCUGCUUGAGCGGAUCGAAGCGGAGCCAUCCGCGGUGGAGCUCCGACAUCGCUUCUUUGGCUACUUUGCGCUGUAUGUGACCGCGAUCUACGGACACAGGCCCGGCGUCAUCUCCAACCUGACUACCGCCGAAGUCCAGGAAGCCAGAUCCAGAGCUUCCAGCACCUCUCCUGGGUUUGUGAUUAACGUGGAGAACCACAAGACCAACCGGAGCUUCGGGGUCGCACAGCUCUACUUGAAGUCGGACGAGUUCCAGUGGCUCACUCGGUGGAUCGCGGUUAGGGCCGGCCUCGGUCCGUCCUGUGACCUGGUGUUCUUCACCCCCGGGAAUGGGCCAGUGAAGAAGCUUGUGCACAGCGCACAGAGAGCCUGGAAGGAGAUGGGGCUCGCGGGGAGACCGACCAUGACUGACAUCCGCACCUCUGUUGCUACACUGGCAAGAAACACGCAGCCGAUGGAUGUCCGGAGCCAGAUGUCCAGGCUGAUGUGUCACGACACAGCCACUGCUGACAGGUUCUACGCGCUCAACCUGGAUGAAAAGCAGCUGGAUGACCUCCGGAAGAAGUUUGAAGAGGCCACACAGCCAGCCUCCCCCUCCCCAGGUGUCGAGGUCACCCUCCGUGACUCGUGAGGGUGAAGAAAAAGCUUAUUUAAUAAAAAACAUUACCCAUGGUA